CCCCAAGGCCUCGGGAUCCCGGGCUGGCCGGGUGCGCUUGCGUCUCUCCCGGACCGACCUCUGCCCUGCACUGAGCGGUCGAGUCCGGUGCCCUGCAGAGGACGCUCGUCGGCGCGCCCUGCACACCGUCGUCCUGUCACCCUUUUGCGUAGCUCCACCCCCGGGCCGCGAACCCCGGCCUCUCUCGGUCCCCGGGGCCCAGGCCCUGAACUGAGCAGAGCAGCGCUGCCGUCCCCACCGCGAGCCCGGGAUGCUGCUCUCCGGCAGGGCUGCAGCCAAGGAGGCGGCGAGCCGCGACAUGCUGGCGGCGGACCUCCGCUGCAGCCUCUUCGCCUCCGCGCUGCAGAGCUACAAGCGGGACUCGGUGCUGCGGCCCUUCCCUGCCUCCUACGCCCGCCACGACUGUAAGGAUUUCGAGGCACUGCUUGCAGAUGCUGGCAGGUUACCGAACCUGAAGGAACUUCUCCAGGCCAAUGGAGACACAGACAAACAGGCUUGGGACCUGGUGAGCUGGAUUUUAUCCUCCAAGGUCCUGACCAUCCACAGUGCAGGGAAGGCAGAGUUUGAAAAGAUUCAGCAGCUGACUGGUGCUCCUCACACGCCUGUCCCCACCCCAGACUUCUUGUUUGAAAUUGAGUACUUUGACCCAGCCAAUGCCAAAUUUUAUGAGACCAAAGGAGAACGAGACCUAAUCUACGCCUUCCAUGGUAGCCGCCUAGAAAACUUUCAUUCCAUCAUCCACAAUGGCCUGCACUGCCACCUGAACAAGACAUCCUUAUUUGGCGAGGGGACCUACCUCACGAGCGACUUGAGCCUGGCCCUCAUUUAUAGUCCCCACGGCCAUGGGUGGCAGCACAGCCUCCUUGGCCCCAUCCUUAGCUGUGUGGCUGUGUGUGAGGUCAUCGAUCAUCCAGAUGUCAAGUGCCAAACCAAGAAGAAGGAUUCCAAGGAGAUUGACCGCAGCAGAGCAAGAAUCAAGCAUAGUGAAGGGGGAGACAUCCCUCCUAAGUACUUUGUGGUCACCAAUAACCAGCUUCUGCGAGUGAAAUACCUGCUGGUGUAUUCGCAGAAGCAGCCUAAGAGAGUGUCAAGCCAGCUCUCCUGGUUGUCCAGCCAUUGGUUCAUGGUCAUGAUGUCCCUGUAUCUGCUGCUACUGCUCAUCGUGAGUGUCACCAACUCCUCCACUUUCCAUCACUUCUGGAAUCGCGUGAUGAGAUAAUCCUCAAGAGCCUGGAGUGGGGGCCACUUACCUGUGUGCCUUAUUGGAAGCUUGUUCUCUACCUCCUGUGUCUCACAUCCAUCCAGGUUGAGUCUGGGGACCAGUUGUAGGGGUAGGAGCACAGGAUACUUUUCAUAUGCCAUAAAUGCACUGAUUGCCUUUGAUGAUGUACCCAGCCACAGUCCAGACAGUGGGGAUCCCUGGUUCCUACUUGUUGGUUUCAGGGCAGUCUCCAGCUGCUUCUUCCUAAACAGCCCUAGGGAGGUGUCUCUUCAGCCACAGCCAAAGGAAAAAGUCCUGCUGCUUUUAAAAGCAAAGGGUCCAAGCUGUCGGUGGUGUGUUUACAAUCAUUCUGAUGGAGGCUGGCCCUUUCUCUGAUGCCUUCCAGAAGACAGAACAUGUGUAGUGGGGACUGUAAAUCAUUAGGCGGUUGCCUUGUUUUGACUCGAGACACCCAAGAAAGACAGUUGUGUUUCUCGUAAAAAUCAGUGGAAUUGUUUGGGGAUUCCAUCAGCUUUAGUCUGGGAGUGCAAAACAUUUUUUAACAGUUUUCUCAAAUCAACAAACGGCCUUCUGCUACAGCUGCACCUCCUUUCCUUCUUUACACGCAAGAGAAAGGAGUCACAGGCCAGAUAACAAAACAUGGACUUAUCAACCAGCAACUCAAGUUGGCUUUUUCUAAAAAAUUACCAACUGCUGAUUACAGCUGAAAUAGAACCAAUUUUUUUUUUUUUUUUAAAUAGCCGUUUGACAAAUUAGCCUUUGUGAGCUGAAUAAAAGGGGGGAAUUUUUAAAUCUAGAGCACCAAGCCACAGCUUCUUUCCUGGCUGUGUUUAUCAGGAGAGGGAUCUGAGCCACAGGUACUCUCUGGUCCUCAUUCUCACAAAGCUGCCUUGAUUAUGGUCUGCCCGCCACAGAUACACACUCUAGGCCUUUAGUGGACUGCUGGCUUUCAAAACAGAGGUCUGCCUCAGUAGGCUGCAGAUCCAUAUGGAUUGAGCCUCCCUUAGAGAAGUCAUAUGUAAUCUUUGGGACUCAGCCUGCGCUUUAAUGUGAAGGAAAAACCUCUGAUCACCCAGAGAGCCCCAACUGUGCUGUCCUUGUAUUCUUUGCUCCCUCCUUCCUGCUGGGUUCAACCAGGAAAGAUCCCUGUUGAAUUUGGGGAUGAGAUUUCCAGAAAGAAGGAGAAAAUCAUUUUUCUACACUUUGUAAAGUUGUGAAAAAACCCACCAUUAUGGUUUUUAAAUCAAAUAGUGGAACAUUUAAAAAAUAAUAAAGAUAUUUUCCUAAAUGCUAA